AUGCGGCUAUGCAUUGACUACCGAGAAUUGAAUCGAGUAACUAUCAAGAACAAAUAUCCAUUGCCCCGAAUAGAAGAUCUAUUUGAUCAGUUGAAUGCCGCAGGAAUCUUUUUGAAAAUUGAUCUGAGAUCCGGGUAUCAUCAGAUUCCAGUGAAGAAGGAAGGUAUUCAAAAGACGGCUUUCAGAACCAGUUACUCGAAGAGUGAAGAAGAGCAUGAAAAACACUUAAGGCUAGUCUUAGACAUCUUAAGUAAGCAGAAAUGGUUUGCAAAGCUAUCCAAAUGUGACUUCUGGCUGAAAGAAGUAACAUUCCUCGGACAUGUCAUCAGUAACGAAGGAGUUAUGGUGGAUCCAGCGAAGGUUCGAGCGAUCGUUGAAUGGGAGAGCCUUAAGAAUAUAUCUGAAGUACGUAGUUUCUUGGGCCUCGCCGGUUACUAUAGAAGGUUCGUGAAAGAUUUCUCGAAGAUCGUCCAACCUAUGACGAAAUUGAUGAGGAAAGAAGUUAGAUUCCAACGGUCUAUAGAGUGUGAAGCAGCUUUUCAAAAAUUAAAAGAGAGGUUGACCACUGCACCUGUUCUUGCUUUACCUGUGGAAGGUGUGUAA